UCUCCAGUCGAGCUUCUUCACCCAGACUGAAUUCACUACGUCUCAGUGACACUGUGAUUAGUCUUUUGGAGGUAAACCCUCUCACACAACAUGAAGUCCCUCACCAGGCCCUACGGCCUUAUGUGCCGGCACCGCCUUACUUCUCUCACCACUAGAGCAUCAAAUCUCCAACAACGACCUUAUUCUUCUAAUUCCUCAUCUGAGACAAGAACAGCAACACCAACCGCAACACCGACCAAAAAGGCACAAAGACAAGUAAUCUUCUCCGGUAUCCAGCCCACAGGCAUACCGCACUUGGGCAACUACCUCGGCGCCCUUCAGCAAUGGAAGCGCAUGCAGGACAGCGCGGAUCCUGAGACGACGGAUCUCAUUUUCUCCGUGGUUGACCUGCACGCCAUCACCGUGCCGCAGCAGCGCGGCAACCUGAAGAAAUGGAAGAGAGAAAUGCUUGCGGCGCUGCUGGCCAUCGGCUUGGACCCCAAGAGGUGCACCAUCUUUUACCAGAGCAUGGUGCCAGGGCACUCGGAGUUGCAGUGGAUUUUGAGUUGUACAGCUAGCACGGGGUAUUUGUCUAGAAUGACGCAGUGGAAGAGCAAACUACAAUUAGCAGACGACGCCCACAUGCUAGAUGACAAGGCCAAAUCCUCUCUCAAGCACGGCUUGUUCUCUUACCCCAUCCUUCAAGCGGCGGAUAUCCUCGUUCACAGGGCGACCCAUGUCCCCGUCGGCGAAGAUCAGAGGCAGCAUCUGGAGUUUGCUAGGGAAUGCGUGACCAACUUCAACCACGCCUAUAAGGGCAAGGUGUUGGUAGCUCCCGAGACGAUUUUGUCUCCAACAAAACGCGUUAUGUCUCUCCAACUUCCCACCAAAAAAAUGUCCAAAUCCGACCCCGACCCCUCCUCCCGCAUCCUCCUUACCGACACCCCCUCCGAGAUCCACGCCAAGAUCCUCAAAGCGCGGACCGACUCGCUCACGCCUUCCCUGGGCAUCACCUUUGACCCGAUCCAACGCCCGGGCGUCUCCAACCUGCUUCAGCUGCUCAGCCAUUUUGACACGCAAGAUCGUUCCGCGCAGGAGAUCGCGGCCCAGAUUAAUGCUGAGGUCAUGGGCAACCAUGGUGGGCUGGGAGGAGAAGGGGAGGAGAAUCCGUUAAGGAAGUUGAAGGAGAGGGUGAGCGAGGUGGUGCAGAGAGAGCUGAAUCCGAUUAGGGAGAAAUAUUUGAAGCUGUUGCAGGAGGAUGGGGGGAAGGAGGGAGGUUAUUUGGAUGAGGUUAUUCGGGAGGGGGCGAGGAAGGCUAAUGAGAGUGCGGAGAGGACGAUGAGUAGGGUCAGGAGGGCUGUGGAGUUGGGUGCUUAGGACAUGCAGAGUGAGAGGUUGUUGUAAGAUAGAUACUGGGUGAUCUGGUUCGGACACAUUUUCGGUAGAUAAAAGCUAUAUGGAAUGUCUGUAUCUGUGG